AUGACAACGCCUCAAGAAUGGACGCAAGAUACCCUACGGGCCAAGUUCUGCCACGCGCUCUCCGAGAUGUACAGAGCCGAAGUCCCACUCUACGGCGACCUCGUCCAGCUCGUCCACCAAACCGACACCGAGACCCUCCUCGCCCGACACCCCAAUAGCACCCCGACAACCAGCCCAGACACCAUCCUCCCCGCGCGGCACCGCGUCGAGCGCCACGGCGCAAUCCGCCUCGGCACAGCGCAAGAGCUGGCGACGAUCCGGCGCCUAUUCGCCGUAAUGGGCAUGCACGCAGUAGGCUACUACGAUCUGACGCCAGCGGGAUUCCCAAUGCACGCAACAGCCUUCCGACCAACGAGCCCAGAAGCCCUAUCCCGGCACCCAUUCCGCGUCUUCACAACGGUCCUCAGAAUGGACCUACUAACAGCACGCACGCGCACGCUCGCCGAGCGCGCCCUCUCGCAGCGCUCCAUCUUCACCGAUCGACUUCUCACCCUCCUUCAAAGCGCCGAAACCCGCCAGCGCCAGCACCACCCAGCCCUGACCCAAAAAGAAGGCGAAGCCCUGAUCACCGAAGCCCUCGAGACCUUCCGCUGGCACUCGCACGCAACCGUCACGCUAGACGAAUACGAGACCCUGAAAGCAGAACACCCGCUCAUCGCUGACAUCGUCUCCUUCCCAAGCAGCCACAUCAACCACCUCACGCCUCGCACUCUCGACAUCGACGCCGUGCAGACAAAAAUGCGGGAAGCGGGUCUCCCAGCCAAGGAGCGCAUCGAGGGCCCCCCGCGCCGACAGUAUUCGAUCCUCCUCCGACAAACUAGCUUCAAAGCACGAGAAGAGACGGUCUUCUUCCGCCACAAUAACCAUAACCAUAACCACAACCACAGUCAUAGCGACUACAUAAAAGGCACCCAUACCGCGCGCUUCGGCGAGGUCGAGCAGCGGGGCUUUGCUCUCACGCCUAAGGGCAGGGAGCUAUACGACGCUAUUCUGGCGCGCGUGAACGCUGAUGCUGCGCAGCUGCUGCAGCUCGCAAAUGACGACGCAGCUAACGAGGCGCAGUAUGAGCAGCUCCUUGUGUACCACUUCCAGUCAUUCCCGGAUGAGUUGAGCGAGUUAUGGUCGCAAAAGCUAGCUUAUUUCUGCUAUAGCGUUGCCUCGAAAGCGGCGAGUUUUGGGGCAGGAGGAGGAGAAGGGAAAGCGGGGUUGGCGCAGCUUGUGCAAGAUGGUGUGCUGGAGUAUGAGCCCAUUAAGUACGAGGACUUUCUGCCGCUGUCGGCCGGGGGUAUCUUCAGUUCGAAUCUGGGAAGUACGAGCCUGUCAGGAAGGUUAGUUAUGGAGGCGGGGCCGGAUGUGGAUGGGUUUCAGCGGAUGUUGGGCGGGUCGAUUGCGGAUGAGUUUGCGUUGUAUGAGUGUGUGCAGGCGGAGAGUUUGGAGCGGUGUUGUCGGGAGUUGGGGUUGGAGAAGAUUGAUCUUGAGAGUGGGUGUAGUUGA